CCGAUUUGAACCACUGGGGGCAGGAGAGAGUGGCGAUGGGACAAGGCGUGGAUGGCGAUUCCCGGUGGAGAGCUCAGGCGUGCACGAGAGGGCGAGGGAGGAGGAGUACCGAGUCAGCGUGGCCGUGGGGUCGGGCCAGCGAGGGAGAUGGAGGGUUCUCGAGACGGGGCGAAUUGUUGUGGAUGACAGCUGCAACGGGCGUCCCUUGCAUCAACCAGAGGAGAGCAAGCCAGCACGGCGGCGACAAGAUGUGGGCAGUUGUCGAGUCGUGGGAGACGAAGGCAAAGAAAGGCAGACGGACGGAGGAGUGGUGCGGUCGCAACGGGGAACUCGGGGGAGAGAAAUCUAUGGGGCAGCCCCCGUUCGUUAUUGGCGCACGCAGCGAUGCCCAGCGACAAGCAACAAAGCAGCAGCGGGAAAGAAAAGAGGGUUUGGUGGCGGCCUUGCGGCAUGCACGUGGGAAAUCGUGGCCAAGACCCGUGGGAACCCCGUGGAGCCCCGUCGCCUAUCUCAUAUACUCGCACGUCUUCUCCCUGCCCGACCCGCGCGGCGACCGCGCCCUCCGCCUCGAACGCCGGCACAUCAAGCACCUCGCCUGCGUCUCGCCCGCCACGGUCCUCCUCCUCCUGCACCACGAGCCCUUGCUCCUCAACCGGCAGAUUGCGGCCGAGGCGCUCGAGACGCUGUUCAAACGGCACACGGUGUUUCUCAGCUGCGGGCCCUGGGUGCUGCGGACGUUUCUGCAGCGGGUGGAGCAGCAUCGUGGUAGCGGCGGCAUCGGCAACGAUGACGGGAAUACCGAGGAAGGGAGAAAGUGGCUGCGGUGGUUGAAGAAGAUAGAACUUGAUUGGGUGACGUUUCCGAAUAUGCGGAACUACCCUCCGGAACGGGAGCCGUCGUCCGGCGGGAAUGCCGCUUUGGAGACGGACGAGUGGUGGUGGGAGCGGGAUGGACAGGAUAUAGAUUUGCAAUAUGUCAGCGGGUAUGAGGGCGACAUGGAGUCCGAGAGAAGAAGGGAGAGAGAGCGGGAAAGAGCCAGGAAAGGGUGGGGCAGGAGAGUGCAAUACCAGCGAGGUCACAGUCAGGGCAGUCAGGGCAAUCAGGGGUAUGAAGGAUACAGCUACGACGAAUAUGACCACGAGGGUUCGGCCUACAACGACAACUUCUACGGUGCCGAGGAUGACACGCUCUAUCCCAGCUUCCCACCGCUGGAAAUCAGACGGCGACGUGCGCAGCAUUACGUGCCCGCCGUCGAAGACGAUCCUUUUGGCUUCGGCUCGCACUACCCCUUCGCGCUUCCGACACAACCAGCAAACGACACCAACAACGACGACGACGACGAGAACAGCGACGGGCAAGUCCUCGACCCCCAGGACGACGUCUCCACCAAACUCAACCUCCUCAUCGACCUGGAAGUCGUCCCGCUCUUCACCUACCUCUCCACUCCAACCGUCUUCCCCGCCCUCCAAAGUAUCAGUUUGCCGCUGUUCUUCAUCUCGAAGCGCGCCUUCCAGAGACGCACGGAUGCGAGGGGUCCUGGUUAUGCGCUGCCACUCAAGCUGAGGUAUUGGGUCAAGGUGCUGGUGGAGGCGGUGACGAUGUUGGUGGCUUCGUCUAGCUCGGAUGCUACCCCUGAAGAGAACAAGAAGAGGAAUGGGGAUGGGGAGGGCAAGGGAAAAGAGGAGGGGCCGAGGCUGGAGGAAGUCCUGAUCAAGUACCGUCCUUGGGAUAUCUGGGCGUCCAUGGAUCCUUCGGACGACCUUGCGCAGAUGGUAGAGAAGGGUAUAUGGUUUCGCGACGACAGUGGUGGUGACAACGGCGAGCAAGCCGAUCAGGAAGGAGGAGAUGCUCCGAGGAGAGGGAGUUGGGAAGGAGAGGGCGAGUCGUUCAGGGCUGUGUGGCAUGCUCUGUCCCAAAGAGGCGUAGACGUCUACCGCGGAGGUUGGGAUGGCGGAAGGCUGCUAGAUGCGAGCAUGAGAUAUGUGAGGUGGGAUGGGGAUCUAGGGUAUCGGGUCGGAGACGAGUUGGAAGUUGUGUUGACUAGGCGGGGGUAAGGCAAAGGCAGCUAGGCCAUCUACAAGAAAUGCCGGAGGUUGGUUCGUAAGUAUCUGUCCGAUGUUGGAUAGCAUGGCAGACAGGUGCAUUUUCGUUUGAGAAACGGUUGCGAGAUGACCGUAUUGCAUGCCUUGGUGCUGGGAAGGCACACGUAAAGCACUAUCAUGUACUCUAACUGAACCGCUCCCAGAGUUGAAUGAAUUAUACAAUAUCGC